GAGCUGAAGGAGGAAGUCGCCAUGAGAAGCGGAGUGGAGGCGGGCACCACCGGGCUGGCCAUAGGGAAGGAGUGUUUUGGGGGUGCUGCCGCCUCUGGGCUGGCGCCGCGACCGGGGUGAGCUGGCCUAGCCAGGCGGCACAGUCCCGACUCCGGCUUAGCGUCUGUGGCAGGCGGUAUGGCUCCCCCCAAGAGAGGUGACCUGAGUCCGGAGGAGAAGGACUUAUUGGGAGUGAUCGCCACAGGAAACACCGAGGAGGCUGGAAGGCUACUGGGCAGCAAGAAUGUCCGUGUCAAUUGCUUGGAUGAGCAUGGCAUGACCCCGCUAAUGCAUGCGGCGUACAAAGGGAAAGUAGACAUGUGCAGGUUGCUCUUGAGACAUGGAGCUGAUGUUAACUGCAAUGAACAUGAGCAUGGAUAUACUGCCUUGAUGUUUGCUGGACUUUCAGGAAACAAAGAAAUCACCUGGAUGAUGUUAGAAGCUGGAGCAGAGACUGAUGUUGUCAACUCUGUUGGAAGGACAGCAGCUCAGAUGGCUGCUUUUGUGGGUCAGCAUGACUGUGUGACUGUCAUCAACAACUUCUUUCCACGUGAAAGGCUGGACUACUAUACUAAACCACAAGGGUUGGAUAAAGAACCAAAACUGCCAGUAAAAUUAGCUGGACCUCUACAUAAAAUUAUUACUACAACUAACAUGCAUCCUGUUAAGAUUGUGUUGCUGGUAAAAGAGAACCCUCUAUUGGCCGAAGUAGAAGCGCUGCAGAAAUGUUACAGGGUUCUAGAUUUAAUUUGUGAGAAAUGUAUGAAGCAGAAAGAUAUGAAUGAAGUACUUGCUAUGAAAAUGCACUACAUCAGUUGUAUCUUCCAGAAAUGUAUUACAUUCUUGAAAGAGAGAGAGGAUAAAUUAGAUGGAUUUAUCAAAAGUCUCUUGAAAGGGAGAGAGAAGGAUGGUUUUCCUGUAUAUCAAGAGAAGCUAAUUCGAGAAAGUAUCCGAAAGUUUCCUUACUGUGAAGCUACACUGCUCCAGCAACUCGUGAGAAGUAUUGCUCCUGUUGAAAUAGGUUCUGAUCCUACUGCUUUUUCUGUACUUACACAAGCUAUUACUGGCCAAGUGGGUUUUGUGGAUGCAGAAUUCUGUACAACUUGUGGGGGAAAGGGAGCAGACAAAAGAUGCUCAGUAUGUAAAAUGGUGAUGUACUGCGACCAGAACUGCCAGAAAAUUCACUGGUUUACCCACAAAAAAGUCUGCAAGACCCUGAAGGAAAUUCAUGAGAAGCAAGAACUAGAAGCUGCCAAAGAAAAAAGGAAACAAGAAAAAAAGCAAAUGAAAGAUGAAGUGCAACUAGUAGAGGGUAGUUCUACAAGUGAAGAACAGUCAGAUCUUGGUCCAGAUGCUACCAAAGAAGUGGAUCCAAAUCAUGCUACUAAGUGUACAGAAGAACCUGAGUUUACCAAAGAGACGGAGCCACUGGCCCUGCAUCCUGAAAGUCCACUGGAAAGUGAGACUGACUUAGCUGACAUUUCUCUUCAAAAAUUUCAAGAUUCUGAAGAAUAAAAAGAGGGUAGGAAGGGACUAAUUGUUCUGGCUAUGACCCUGUACCUCAAGGGUCCUAGAGCAUUUUGUUAUGCUUACCAUGUAUGAGUUCUUACAACAUAGCUUAUGCAAGACUCCUUUUAGAGAGACAGCACAUCUCUUCAUCAUGAGAUGAGAUAAAUACUUGCUCAUCUGUAAGUAUUUCAGAUUCUCUUGUAGAUUGUCAAAUUAUGUAUUUAUUAACUGAUAAAAGUGUCAUAGCUCUAUCUUUAUGUAUAUAAACAGUGAGCAUAGUGAAAAUCUAUGAGCACCUGUGGUUAAUCAGCCACUCAGUGAAAAAUAAAAGAGCAUUUGAUUUGGAUUAUUCAUGUUCUCAGAACCUAAAAUCGAUUUCAGUUGUAAUUUCAAUUUUUUUUUUCUGCAAGCACACAGAACUGUACUUGAGAGCAUUGGGAAGCAAUCUAUUGAAUUUCUUAGCACCAUUUUAUGAAGCUUUAUAUAAAAGAAUUCAGUAGCAGUUAAGUUUCUGAACUACUCAUCUGAAUUCUCAGCUGUUCAUGACAUUACUAUAAAUAUUUUUGGCUAGUGGCAACGAUGGCAUCUAUUUUGUGUGGCAAUUUUAUUAAAUGGUACUGCUCUUUCAGUUGUUUCAAGCUGACUGUGAAAGGAGUGCUUCAAGAGAAUUAUUUCACUAUUGGUUUGGUCAGAAAUAUUCCAAGUUUGUCAAAGUCCAAUGAAGGGAAGACCAGAUUUGAAGUAUUUUAAUUGACAAGACUAUCAGUUUCUAAAUCUCAGUUUUUUGGUGAAGAUGCCUUAGAGCCCACUGGGAUGUCACUUAUGAAUUAUUUCAUAAACAUAAAAGAUGGUUAAUACUGCUUAUGGUGAACCAGGUCACAGUGAAUUAAAUGUGAAAAUUCAUGUGUGCGUUGGUACAACUGGGAUUUCACUUACCCUUUCAACUAAAUACCAUGUCUAGAACCCAGCUCCCCUUAACUGUGCUGUUUUCAGUCAGAUUUACUACUUUGUCUUGGGAAAUCAGUGGGAAUGCCACAACCAAAAAUAACACUUGCUGCAUAAGGAUGGCAACAGUUGAGGCUCUGUAAUUGUUGGAUGAAUAACAGGUAUUUUGGACAUGGCAGUAUCCUUCAACUUUAAGGAAUAACCACCAUCCUCAAAAAUGCUUUUAAUUUGUUACUGUUUAAUAUAAUGGAAGUGUUUAUUUAAUAUUCUAUAAACUGUAAGAGUGAGGAUACAUAUAUGCAGCUGUGCAGGGAGUAUAGCUCUGUUUUUAAUUUCAAAUUGUGAAGAAUAAAGGGAAUUCUUUUUAAAAGAAGGGAGCUGAGUGGCAAUUCUUGUUUACUGCAUCUGUUAAUGGGUGCUGGGAACGUAGUUACAUUCUGGUUUGACAGGUGUGGGGCUCCUGUGGCUCAGGUACACAAGUUUAAUUUAAUGACAACUGGCAAACAAGAGCUGCAUGUCUGGAACUUAAAUAUGGAGUCACGAUGUAGUCACCAUCCAUUCUUAGGAAUGCAGAAAUGCUGCUGGUUCUCUAGUGCAAACACAGUAUUUGGGGCUCACUGGGAUGUGUCACUCUUCAAGGUUUCUCUGCAAAUGGAAGCCCUUUAGGAUGGGUGAUUCCCACAUUCAGAAGUGUGGUAGAAUGCAUAGGACAAAUCCUGCUUUCAUUCUGCCAGGCUGGGCCUUUUCUUGAUAAAAAAGAAAAGCUCAAAACAUAGAAAAAAAUACAAACAUUGGAAAUACAUAUGAAAUAUGCAGAUUACGAAGUUGUGUUCUCAUUAUAGCUUGAAAAGCCUUUGAAGUCACUGUGAGCAGAGGCUGCCAUGCUUCCUUCUCUUCACUGACUCUCAGAUACACACUGACUCUCCAGAGCUACCUCUGCCUUCCUCAGCCUGAGCUGGAAACAGCUCUUCCAUUGGGAGAUCAUGGUUGAUAUCCCUGCAUGAAGUUGGGAUAGUCACUAGCUCUUGUGUAAUCAUGAAAUGGAGGAAACAUCUCAUGUGAUGUGCUACUUACAAGGUACUUAAAGUAGAAUGAAAUUCAUCUGCAAUUGACUGAUUCCUUAAGCAAGGUUUUAUGUGACAGAAUGGCUGCAGAGUGCAAAGCCAACAGACCCACUUGCACUUACAAGGGUGUGGGAUUUUUUUCCCCUCCACUAGGAGAAAUGGAGUUCUCACUUCUACAGCUGGUUUGCUAGGUGUAAGAAUAUAGCAGCUGUCUAGUCUGCUUCAUCACAGUCCUUGUUUCCUAUUUCACUUUUAGAGUAAGUGGUUUUCUUGUAUUUUCUCUCUCUUCUACUCUUUUCUUUACCUUAGGAAAUCUGAUUGAAUUAAGAUAUUAUGAAAGCUGCUAAAUCUGAGCAUGUCUUCUAGUCAACUAAAUGUUGCAUGUUCAGAUUUUUGAUGCAGGUAAGUUUUCUUCAUCUGACUAAAGGGAAUUAUCAGCAAACUUAGAAAUUACCUUUGUUAUUUGAGUAAUUUUUUUAAUAUAAAAGUGAACUGCUUCUUUUGCACUAGUGACUCUAAAACAGACUCAAGUCUUUUGACAAAGCUCAAAUGGAUGAGUAAAUGAAAAGCACUGUCCUUUACAUAAGGUGGACAUGUUUGGCAAACCAUUGUUCUACUGACUUGUAGCUUGUGGGAAAACCUCUAACAUGAACCACAGAUGUUAACAGGUAGCAAAAUGAAGAUCUUACAGAUGCCAGAGCAUGGUGGGGUUAUUUUUUUUUAUGCAACAUUAUAUUUUUGUAUGACAAUUAUGGCACGCUUGUAUGCAACAGUGAGGGCCAAAAAUCUAAGAGGUUUUGUUGGACUUUUCACCAUGGAAGAGUAUACAUGUAUAAAUCAACUCAUUGUCUUCUCCUUGGAGCCCAUCUGUAUGCUCAAAAAGUUUACAAGAAGUUAUGUUUAAAUUCUUUAACAGUUACUCCUGUAAAAUGUAUCUUUUCUUUUCGAAAUUAUAUUAUUAGGAGGAAAUGCUAUAUUACAUGUUAGAAAAGAUUCUGUAAUAAAAUACUUUAUCUUUAAACAUUA